AACGCACAGUAGCUUCGUGCCACUGGCUUUUCAACCAAGCGUGAUGACCAAUUGUGCGAAUCAACGGUUCCUCUUGUACUAGGUUGAAUUACUAUCGUGACGCUACCAUCAGUAGGGUAAAACUAACCUGUCUCAUGACGGUCUAAACCCAGCUCACGUUCCCUAUUGGUGGGUGAACAAUCCAACACUUAGUGAAUUCUGCUUCACAAUGAUAGGAAGAGCCAACAUCGAAGGAUAAAAAAGCAACGUUGCUAUGAACGCUUGGCUGCCACAAGCCAGUUAUCCCUGUGGAUCGAUAGGCCACGCUUUCACGAUUCAUAUUCGUACUGGAAAUCAGAAUCAAAUGAGCUUUUACCCUUUUGUUCCACACGAGAUUUUUGUUCUCAUUGAGCUCAUCUUAGGACACCUACGUUAUCUUUUAACAGAUGUGCCACCCCAGCCAAACUCUCCACCUGACAAUGUCUUCCGCCCGGAUCGACCAGUCGAGGUCAACCUUGGGUCCAAAAGAAGGGAUGACGAGGCUUUUGGCUACCUUAAGAGAGUCAUAGUUACUCCCGCCGUUUACCCGCGCUUGGUUAAAUUUCUUCACUUUGACAUUCAGAGCACUGGGUAGAAAUCACAUUGCGUGAGCAUCCGCAGGGACCAUCGCAAUGUUUUGUUUUAAUUAAACAGUCAGAUUCCCCUUGUCCAUACCAGUUCUGAGUCGACUGUUCGUCGC